CAUUGCGUUUACAUUGCUUCUGAUGGUGGUCGAGUUUGUCGUCCGCUAGUUAUUGCUGAUAAGGGCAUAUCAAGGGUGAAAGAACAUCAUAUGCUGGAGUUGAAGGCUGGAGUCCGCACAUUUGAUGAUUUUUUAAGUGACGGGUUGAUUGAGUAUCUUGACGUUAAUGAGGAGAACAAUUCGUUGAUUGCUCUAUAUGAAGAGGAGGCAACAACGGAAACAACACAUAUCGAAAUAGAGCCCUUAACCCUCUUAGGUGUUAUUGCUGGUCUGAUUCCAUAUCCUCACCACAACCAGUCUCCUAGAAAUACGUACCAGUGUGCAAUGGGAAAGCAAGCAAUGGGAAAUAUUGCAUAUAACCAGGCAAGUGGUUUAUUAGUACAUGGCCCCUUUUCCCCUUUGGCCAAAGAAAGAGGCCCUUCUUCCCCCUCGCUGUUUAAGCUCUUUUAG